AUGGUGGAAAUCCGCCCAAGUGAAAAAACGAAAGUGGUAUCAAUCGCACAAGACAUGAUAUAUGCAGAGUCAAGUGGAAAAAAGCAAACUCACAAGUCACUAGCCCUGGGGAUGACUGGCUCAAUCAGGUUACUGAGGAUCCUGCAUGGUUUGGGACAUACUGCAUCAACAGAUACUCAUGUCUACCGACAUGAUACUGCAUUAGCUCUAGCCAGCACCAAUGGUCAAGAAAUCGUCAUUCCAAGGAAUAUGAAUCCAGAGUCGUUCACGACAAAUGUUUGGGAUAAUAAUGAUUUUAGCGAAGAGACUGUGUCUGGGAAAGGGACAACACACGUAGCGAACCGGAUUAUUAUACAGAAUGAAGACGUCAGAUUAAGAGAAAAAACCACCGUGAGUAAGAAGCAUCGCACAGUGAAGGCACCCGAAAUCAACAUUGCUCCCUACACAAGCAAAGAGAGAGGAACCAUAUCUCUCCAAGACCAAAGUUCUGACAUUCCUCUCGAAGAGCAAAGCUAUCGUCAUGAGCAAAAUAUGGCCAGAAAUGCUGAUUUCGUGUACAUGUUGUCCAGAAAGUGCGCUUCAGAAAGUGGGGACUGUUUGCCAGGAUGGACAGGAUUCAACACCCAAGUUCAUAAAGAGAUAAGACGUACUUCAAACAUCGGUUAUUUGCCAGUCAUCGACGCCCCAGUUACCGACAUGGCAACAGUCAACGAAAUAUUGCGACAUAGCGUUUCCAUUUGCCAACGUCUCCAACUCCCAGAAAUUGUUCUAGUCUUCGAUGAAGCAAUUUACUCCAAAGCGCAGAUGAUAAGAUGGAAGGAUUAG